AUGGAGGUGAGACCAGAAUCAGUCGAAGAUUGGUGCAGCCUCAUGCCCAAUUUGUUGGAGGCAGAUGGUUGGCACCUGGCAUGCAGCGUUGCCAACAGCCAGCUCAUGCACGGCAGUUGUCCUUGGGGAGGUCGCUUGAUCAAGUUUCAGCUACGAGACAUCCGAGUGAAGAAUGCACCCCAGAAUGCUGGCACACUGAUCAUCAGACCAGAAGUUCGAUCUCUUCAGCAAAGGAACUGCUCAAUCAAUGGCAUCAACAUCAAGUCGUGGGAUUUCAUUGCUCCUGGUGAAGCCAUCGUUCAUGCAUCAGUUUCCUGCAGCAUCGUUCGACUUUGUUCGGUGCUCUUUGGCGACCUGGCUGCGCAAGUGAUGACCUGCUUCUACGAUGACAGAGCAACAUCGGUGGCUUGGCACCAGAUGGUGCGAAGAAAUUUUCCAACAGAUGGGGACAGUGCUUGCGCAUUCUGGAUGGAGGAUGCGGAGCAGCCGUAUGAGUACCUGAUCCUCACCAGGCCACAGGAAGAGAAGGAGAUGUUCACAGUGUUUGUGAUCGCUCGGGUCUAUGAAGACCGCUUUGCCAACUGGGCCAGUCGCCACUUCGCCUUGGUCCUGCGCCAGGCUCGGCGCACGGCGGAGAGUUGUCUGAACCGUCCGGGCGUCGUCGAGCUGCGCCGGGCGGAUGAGCGAUUCUAUGUGGUUCUCUCCAUGCAGAGCUUCAAGCGCGGCAUGCCGCUGGUCCCCGCUCUUCCUGGGGAGCAUUGCGUCACGGACAUUGAUGCCGGGCAGCCCCUGGGCCUGCGCCGAUGGACCCGCUUCGAGCCCGAUGAUUUGGAAAACCCCAAGUUCCAGCUGUCUCAGUAUAUUGGUUUGUUCGUGGAGCGCUUGGGUUUCCCGAUCGAAACCUUUGAUACCUUGGACGGGCAAACGCUGGUCCCGUACCAGUGUGUGGUGCGUCGCGACGCCUGGGAAGCUGUGCGCCAACGCUUCAAUGAGGCAUAUCCCUUACAGAAGACCGCCUACCGACAUGCCAAUGGCGGCUCCGGUGCCCCUGGCAUGCACGAGGACGUCAUGGCCCGUUUCGUCCCCGUGGCCCCGAAGGCCUGGAACAUGUUGGAGGAACAGCUGGCAGCAGCACGGGAACCCAAGUUGGUGGUCAGGAAGACCUUCUUGGAGAUGCAGGAAGAUGAGCAUGCUGAAGUUGGUCGACCAGCCAGGCGGCCCAAAACCCUCACCCUGGGCCGGGCAGGUUUCAGAGCCCACUGA